CUUCCCAAGCCAAAGAUGGCCGCCCUGACAAAACGCCCCUGGUUUAAAGGGAUCAAAAAGCAGUUCUAUGACGAAGAGGACUGCCUUUUGGCUACUCGAGGACAGAAGAUCCCUCAGGGACUUGCCUUAACCAUCAACCAGUUAUGCGUGGUUCGCGGCAUCAGGUAUCACCCGGGGUUUGCAACGGAGUUGUACGGCGUGCGACCACAAUUCACGCGGGCCCUGAACGCACGCAGUAUCAUGAGCAACGCGAUCCCAGAAAUGACAGAGCCGGAAGACUUCCCUUACUGCAUUUGGUACCCCGAGACCGCGACCGAGGCAACGUAUCGAGAACUUGUCGCUCGCUAUCCACAGAUGAAAUAUCUCGUUGGACGGGCCUGUGCUGUCGCGGGCUACUAUAAGCUCUUUAAAGAGCUCGACCUACUCCCUGAAAGUCACAUAGCCGAGGAAGCCCGGGAUAAUAAGCAAUGGGCAAUUUUUGACGAUAUCAUGGCAGAAAAUGUGCGAUUCAAUGCCAUGGAUGACUACACUCGUACCGUGUACGAAAAGCCGGUUGUUGGCUAUAUGAAUGGCGACACGGCGGUCAGAAGCUAUUUGGAAGUCAAAACCAAAUUCAAGAAGCCGGCAGAUGAACGCAAUUUUGAGGCAGGAAGAAGGUCGUCCUACUUCGACAUAACGGAGGAUGACCGGCCCGAGCAUGAUGGUUUGAGGAUUGACAUGGCCAUCAAUGCUCGUUUCAUCAUGAACAACGAUUUGUCUCGCAUCACACCAGAAUGCAGAUCUCUGCCCUAUUGUAUUUGGUACCCAGCAAUACCGAAGCAAUCGACCUGCCGUGAACUCGUCCGCCGAGCGCCUUCCAUGAAACCAUCAAUUUCAAUGGUAUGCAUACUCGCCGACUACAGCGACCUGUGGGAUCAGAUUGAUCCGGACCCGGAUACCAAUCUCAUGGAGGCUGCUCGAGAAUGCCACAAUCCCAAAUAUUUGAGUGACUUGGAGUCUAAGGUCGGGGAGCGCGGCUGUACUGACUACGCGUUUGACAUGUUCUGCACGUCUGUGCCUCGAGUACGCAUGUUUGAACCUUCUCAGACGAGUGUGCUCCCCGAUAUCCGAGGCAUAGUUCCAGAUGAUGAUGGCGUACCGUACAACGGCUACCAAGUUGGCAUGGCUCACGUUGAACUAUUUGUGACUGUAUCAGAUGAUUUCAAAAGCGGCAACGGCACUGAUCUGAAUAGAUACUACGAUUCACUGGCACCAAAUACAAAUUAG